AUGGAUCAAUCCAAAGUCUCGCCCGAUCUUCCAAAGGAUGAGUUGAUUAAUGAGGCCGCAGUUAAGGCUGUCGGUAUGGAAUUGGCGUCGGUCCUUCCCAAACACGACAAGCCCUGGUUCCGGCAGAAGCACCUGUUGCAGCUGAACUUUUUGAUCAUUUUCCUGCUUCUGACUCCUGCGAGUUUGGGAUUUGAUGCGUCCAUGAUGAACGGUCUUCAAUCCCUAGAAACUUGGAGGGACUACUUUGGCGAGCCCAAAGGAGCCAAACUCGGUUUCAUGAACGCGGUCAUGCCCUUGGGUGCUCUUAUCGGCUCAUUGCCGGCUGGUUGGACUGCCAACUAUCUCGGACGCAAGUACACCGUCAUGACAGGUCUCAUUAUUCUGAUCAGCUCGGCAAUCCUGCAAGGCUGCGCCCCCAAUUACGCAGCCUUUGUGUGUGCCCGCUUCUUCAUUGGGAUUGGAAUUGAAUUUACUGCGCUGCCCUCCCCGGUUCUCAUAUCCGAGCUCGCGUAUCCGACCCAUCGAGGCAAGAUCACCAGCUUAUACCAAACGCUUUUUUACCUUGGCGCCAUUGCAUCGAGCUGGACCAUAUUCGGCACUUUCAAUAUUACCGGAUCGACUUGGAGCUGGCGCAUUCCCUCCCUCCUGCAAGCCUUCUUCCCCGUCAUUCAGCUCGUCGGGUUAUACUUUGUCCCCGAAUCGCCUCGAUGGUUGAUCGCUCGAGGAAGGACGGCCGAAGCACGGGCCAUCUUCGCGAAAUAUCAUGCCGCUGGCAACGACGCAGAGCCUCUUGUAAGCUACGAGGUGUCGGAGAUCACGGCCCAUAUCGAGGCUGAGAAAGCCGUUGCGGGAAUGAGUUACCUUGACUUGCUCAAGACAAACGCCGACCGAAAACGCAUGGCUGUGUGUCUUUUCACAGCUUUUAUUUCGAACUGGUCCGGUAAUGGCAUCAUUACCUACUACUUAACCUUGAUCCUCAGCUCCGUGGGUAUUACCAGUUCCUUUGACCAGACCUUGAUCAACGGCGUCCUCCAAAUCUUCAACCUCUUUGCUGCCAUCUUCGGUGCCAUGCUGGUUGACCGCGUUGGCCGCAGACCACUGUGGAUCGUAUCGUGCACUGGGAUGCUUCUCACUUAUAUCAUUCUCACGAUUCUUUCUGCGGAAUUCGUCAAGACUGAGCAAAGAGGCCUCGGAAUCGGCGUCAUUGUUAUGCUUUUCCUAUACUUCUUCCACUAUGAUAUUGCAGUGACGCCACUCACCUUCGCGUACCCCAUCGAAAUCUUCCCUUUCCAUGCUCGUCAGAAGGGCAUGGGGAUUGUCAUGUUCUUCAAUGGCGCCUGUGCCCUGACGAACACUUUUGUCAACCCCAUUGCUUUGGAGAACAUCGGCUGGAAGUACUACAUUGUCUACGUGGCUCUUCUACUGCUUAUGCUCGUCGUUGUCAUCCUAUGCUUUGCUAAGACUAAAGGACACUCUCUGGAGCAAAUUGCAGAUAUCUUCGAAGGCCCGUUCAUAGUUGUUGGGAAGUCUCGCCGCAGAAAGUCGGAAAUAGCGAUUAUCGAGGAGAAGGUCCUUGAAAAGGGUGGCCAAGCAGUUAUGAUUGAGGAUGUCGCGGACACGAAAGUGGCUCCGGGAAAGGAGUAG